UCCUGCGCAUGUAUUUCCGCUCUCUAUCCCCACGCUGUAUCAAGCUACAUUCAGCGGGCACAAUAUUGUAAGGAAAUUAGCGAAUCCUUGAGCAAAAUGAGGCCUUUAACAGACGACGAGACAAAAACGAUGUUUGAGAAACUCUCCAAAUACAUUGGUGAGAACAUCAAACACCUGGUGGAUCGACCCGAUGGGACAUAUUGCUUCAGACUUCACAAUGACCGUGUAUAUUACAUCAGUGAGACAAUUCUGAAGUUGGCUACCAACAUCUCCCGUGAUAAGUUGGUGUCGGUGGGCACCUGCUUUGGGAAGUUCACCAAGACCAUUAAGUUCCGCCUGCACAUCACAGCACUGGACUUUCUGGCACCAUAUGCCAAGUUCAAGGUGUGGGUUAAGCCUGGGCAGGAGCAGUCCUUCCUCUAUGGGAACCACGUGUUGAAGUCUGGUCUGGGGAGGAUCACAGAGAACACCAACCAAUACCAGGGUGUGGUGGUGUAUUCCAUGGCAGACGUACCGCUGGGCUUUGGAGUGGCAGCCAAGUCCACCCAGGAGUGCAGGAGAGUGGACCCCAUGUCCAUCGUUGUGUUCCACCAGGCAGACAUCGGAGAGUUCAUCAGGUCUGAGGACACGCUCACAUAAGGAGUCGUCAAACUGGACUGUCAAUUAUACACAGUGGUACUUCCUCUCCUCGGGGACCACCCUACAAACUGGACUGUCAAUUAUAUACAGUAGUACUUCCUCUCCUCGGGGACCACCCUACAAACUGGACUAUCAAUUAUAUACAGUAGUACUUCCUCUCCUCGGGGACCACCCUACAAACUGGUCUAUCAAUUAUAU